AAUUUAGUCUUAUGAAUGAGUCAAUGGCAGUUGUGUUGUUUCAUUUGUUGGACAACAAACACAACGAGUUGUGAGUUCGAUGUAGUGUUAGAUGUAUGGAUGUUUGUUUAUUAAUUUUUCGAUAAAAUGAGUCGACACAGACAAUUUCGCGAAUACUGUUUAGUAAAUGACUGCGAAACCGAAGCAGAGGAUAAUGACGUUUUGUUUCCUGAUUUAGAAAAACAGAAAUGCAAUAUUCAAAAAUGCAUCUGCGUUACUUUUUUAACUUUGGUUGGAUUGGGGUUGGUCGUAUUUUUGUUGAUUUUUAUUAUAUUUCCUUUGAUUUUUAUGAGUUCUAAAACUCUACAAACCGAUCUAGUUUUUACACACUUUAAUCUACCUAAAGAUCCAAAAUAUUUUCAAACGAGACAUUUUCCUGCAUACAAAAACAGAUACGUAACUUUCAAUUACACUAAAGAUAACGAGAAUCAAACUUUGGGAAUGUGGCAGAUUCUUCCUGUUAAUCUUGCAUACGAUGAGUUAUAUGGAUCUGUAGAUUUUGACGAAGCUCUUUUGAACAGUAAUUACAAUGUUUUAAUUUAUUUUCACGGUACUGGAGAAGCGAGAUCUUAUAAUGAAGGCAAAUAUGGACUACUGAGUUAUUUUUUUCACAUAAUAACUUUCGAUUACAGAAGUUAUGCCGAUUCAUCACAAGGAGAACUCACAGAAGAUAAAGUGAUUGAUGAUUGUAUUGAAUUGUACAAGUGGGUGAAAAAUAGAACUCAUUCGGAUAUUUACGUAUGGGGUCAUUCGCUUGGAGCUGCUCUAGCAACUAGAACUGUCGCUAGCUUAGAGAACUUGUAUGGUGUUAAAACAAAAGGUCUGGUUAUAGAAUCUGGAUUUACUACUCUCCAUGACGAGUUAUAUGUUCAUCCUUAUGUAAAAAUAUUCACCUGGCUUCCAUGGUUUAAUCAAGUCAUCGUUAAUCCUUUAUACAACAAUGGUUUUAUUUUUGAUACAGUAAGUCACCUGUUAACAAUAACAAGCCCUGUAAUGGUGCUACACGCAGAGGAUGACAAUGAAAUUCCCUGCAGUUUUGGACGUAAGUUGGUGUAUGUAGCGGAGACAAGGAAUAUCACAACCAUAUAUCAUGAAUUUGAUGGUAAAUAUGGUUACAAACAUAAUUAUCUUUACAAAGAUCCUUUUAUGAAAUUGUAUAUCAUGAACUUUAUCGAUGAAGCAAGCAACAGAAUCUUAUGAACAUUCAAGCAAAGAAAAAAUGAAAAGAUAAUUAGCUCCUAUCAAAGAUGUAAAAAGGCUGUGAUCUUAUAAACUCCACGCAUAUUCUGUAAUCAUGACUUAGUGGUGAUGCGUUCUGUAUAAUUUCAUUUUAACAUGAUAUAUCGGUUGAGAAUAGGUAAUAUAUUUUCAUGACACA